AUGAGUGACAGGGACGUGUGCAUUCAGCGCCUCACUGGAGCAAACCAGGAUCACAUUCUCACGGCACUGGAGCACGGAAGUGAAGCGGAAAGGGCGUCAUUAACGGCGCAAAUCACCAAUGAACUAGCGGGCGUGGAUUUCAGGCACUUUAACGACGUCCUGCGCGAGAGCUUAGAAAUUUCGAAGAACUGCUCGACGGCUUCAUUGGCUGAACCACCCGCAAAGGAUUCCUUCUUCGAUAUUUCCUCCGUAGACCGCCGUCGUGGGCAAGCCAAACGUAUAAAGAAUUUGGAGGCAGUUGGGUAUAAGGCUAUUCAGAAGGGCCAAAUAGCGUUCCUCAUCCUUGCAGGAGGUAGUGGUACCCGACUCGGGUUCGAUAAACCGAAAGGAUUCUUCACAUGUGAUGGCCUCCAACAGCGUAAGUCACUCUUCAUGAUGCACUGCGAGAAGAUACGUAGGCGCCAGGAGAUUGCUGAAUCCAUAUCUGGGUCGGGGAGGAAAGCGCGGGUGCAGCUUCUUGUGAUGACAUCAGGACAAAAUGACGCCGAAACGCAGCGGUUCUUCGAGGAGAAUUCCUACUUUGGACUUGAGAGGGAGCAGGUGCAUUUCUUUGCCCAAUCAUCUGUGCCGUGCUAUGACGAGAAUACGGGAAGAAUUAUCAUGGAGAAUCGCGGUCGUAUUUGCGCCGCCCCGGGUGGAAAUGGCGCUGUUUUUGCUGCACUCGCCGCACCCCGAGCCACAAAAGACAAGGACGGGACUCUGCAAGUGAAAGAGUCAUUGUUGCAACACUUGCGUAAGCUUGGGAUAGCAUAUGUGCAGAUUGGAAACAUCGACAACCUUCUAGCAAACGUUGCUGAUCCAGUGUUCAUUGGUUAUGCCAUUGAAGAAGAGGCGCACGUUGUCGUCAAGACGUGCCCAAAACGGGGCCCAGAUGAGCGCGUUGGCGUUUUUGUUCGCGCAAGCGGUAAAUGGGGUGUGGUGGAGUAUACUGAAAUUGGUGAUCGGGCGAAGGAAAUCGAUGAUGCUACUGGUGAGUUGAAGUUUAACUGCGCCAAUAUAUCUUCAAACCUCUGCAGUCUUCACUUUAUGUCACUGGCAGCCGAACGCAUGAAGUCAUUCACGCAGUAUCACGCUGCGCGUAAAAAGAUACCGACGAUCAAAGGCCCAGUCAUGGGUAUCAAACUGGAGGCAUUCCUCUUUGACCUUUUCCGCUUCGUUGAUGAAUGCGACCAUCCACCAAAGGAUAGUGGGGCUUUUCGUAUCAUGCAAGUGGAUCGCGAUGAUGAGUUUGGCCCCGUUAAGAAUGCUGAUGGAGCGGCAUCAGACACACCGGCAGAUGCAGUGCGACUUUUGCUCUCCCAACACACGCGGUGGUUAAUCACGGCUCUCGAGACUGCUGCGAUGUCAGAUGAGCAAGAGAGCAUUAGGGGAGGUGUCGAUGUAACCGAGGCAAAGGAAGCUGUCGCAGUGAUGCGAAGCUGUUCCAUCAAAGCAGAGAUAUCACCACUCGUUUCUGUUGGUGGGGAGGGGCUCCGCCAGCAUCUCCCACGCGUCAUCCAUCAGCUGCUUCGUAACCCUCCGCCAGUCAUAUUCAUUCGCAGGGACGAUGAGGUGGUCUCCGAAUCAUCGAACAUGUAA